AUGGAUUUGGAUAACGAAGUUUUGAUAGCCUUAGUGUUUGAUAAACAAUGUUUAUGGGACAAAACUCAUAAGUUCCACAGCAACAGAAAUGUUACAGAUAAGUGUUGGAAAGAGAUCAGUUUGGAAAUGAAACAGGAUGAAAGUAAAAUAAGAAAAAGAUGGAGAUAUCUAAGGGAUCAAUUUGCGGUAGAGUUAGGAAAAAUUUCACCUUCUCGCUCUGGAGAUGAGGCAACUACAGUAUAUCCCAAAUGGCCAUAUUUUAAACCCUUACUUUUUCUCAAACCUAUGGUGAAGGCGCGGCUAACCACUGGAAGUUUGACGCGACAAAGAUCUCAUUCAAAUAGUGCUGUGAGCCUUGAUAGUGAAACAGAAUACACCCAAACUACAAAUGACCAUGAUUGUUCUCUUUCACCUGGACCAAGCAACAUGGAAGAUAAUGAUGCGAGUGACCAACCAACAGUGUCUCCUGCGAUGCCUGUUUCAAAAAUCGCUUUGAAAAGGCCGAAGAGAACAAUCAAUGACAAAUUAUUGGACAUUGAGCAUCAAAAACUUAAAUUUUUACAAGAUAAGGAAAAAUCCCGACAGAAUAGAACAACAGAUGCAGACAACGAACAUAUUUUAUUUUUUAAAAGCCUCAUACCACACAUUGAAAAAAUUCCACAGCACAUGCUACUUUCUUUUAGAAACCGCAUUCAAAGCGUCGUCGACGAGUUCGCGUACCAAUCUUUGCAAUAUGGUAACCCUAGUUCGAUGUCAAACUACUCUCAUUUAAGUAAUGUUUCCCGUAAUAGUACUCCAGAGACCUGCAACGAAAUAACUCUUCCACAAACUUCGAGUGACAAUAUUGCUGUUAUAAGCAACCAAUUAGCCACAGAAGAAUAUGAAGAAUCCACCUGCAACCGACUAGCUGCAGACGAAUGCAAUCAAUCUAAUAGCCACCGAGUAUCUACAGAAGAAAAUAAUGAAUCUACUCAGAAUGAACAAUCUCUUGCCGAAUUUUAUAGCAGAUACCAAUUAUUGUGAAAUCUUCAAUUUGAUUUUGGCCCAUGGGGUGCCAAAACCAAGGUCUAUAGCUAUAACUUAAACACAGCAUUUUUAAUAAGUUUGUUUGCUUUAAAUUACCCAUUUGGAGUUUUACUUUAAUUAUAAUUAAGUACUUAUUAUUAAUUUAAUUUGAAGUUGACAUGUAAGUCAUGUAACGUACUGUAUGUUUUGCCUCUCGCUGAUUUUGGCUAAUAAAUAACAUUCACUUAAUUGAAAUUGUA